AUGCCUUAUACAACAGCAGAUAUUCCUUCGGACAGGCAUAUUUCAUCGUCCCCUCCACAGUGCAAAACCCGCUCAGAUCCCAAAGGCUGCGACAGUAGCCUGUCUACUAAAGAUUGUCGAGCCCUUUCAUGGGGGGAUAUGAUAGCACCGCUGAGCAUUUUGACUCAAGAUAUGACGGAUGUCCCGAUUAUCGAUAUAGACACGUGGGUGUGCCGGCCGAUUGAAGAGCGCAAGAAGGAGACGGAACGAAAGGGGAAGGUUCCGCGACCUAUGAACUCCUUCAUGCUGUACCGUUGGGCGUAUGCAGGGCGCAUCAAAAGAUGUUCACGCCAACGUAGCGCCCAAGUGGUCUCAUCGAUUGCGGGAAAGAGCUGGCAUCAGGAACCACAAAAUAUCCGAGAGAAAUACCAGAGACUAGCUCAGCUUGAGCGUGAAAGCCACGCCUCAGCAUACCCAGACUACAAGUUCAAACCGAGGUCGCGAAAAAGGUCAUCUGUGGCCGAGCCUGCUACAGACCUUCAAGUUUAUGGGCAUUAUGAAAACAACGCAUUUGAAUGGUCUUCCGUUCAUGGUUUCCAAAUCACCACCCCAUGCCCUAUCAAUGAUCCCUCUUGGGGCUUUUAUGCUGAAGGCAUGCGGAACUACUUUGUCGCUGGUAUGGGAGAGUGCUUUGAAGGAGGGAAUUCCGGUGACUUGUUCGGGAUCCCUGGUUCUGGGCAUUACAGCUUGAUGUGCCCUGGGCCAAUCGAAUUCCUACCCAGCAUCUUCGCCCAGUGGUAG